AUGGCGGACGCAGCUGACAGUGACAACCCGGCGUGAAAUAUAUUCCAAGUGUAGAAGUAUGCGCCUGCAUCAGAUAUGAACAAACAACUUAUGCGUAGGGAUUUAUAUCAGAAAUGGAACCUUCAUACGUGAAGCUGCUUCUUAUCAUCGCCAUUUUAUUACCGUAUACCUCAUGUCUUCACUUAAAAGGAACAUGGAACUCGGAAGGAUUUUUCUUGUUUCUAGCAAAGUUUGGUUUUCAGAAAACCACAUCUCCAGAUUUAGACCGAACACAAGGUUAUAUUUUUGGAAACAUCACCACAGACUCAAGUGUAAGCCUGGAUCUUAAGCUUGUUGUGGUUGAUAGUGAAUAUUUUAUUGAAUUUUACACAAAUCGGACGUUGCCACGGGAAACUGCUUGUCCAAGAAUGUUCAACAAGAUAGACACAAUCGCAUUUGAUGUUGAUUGUAACCCAAAUGGAGAACAAGAUUUUCUCAGGAGGGUACCUUGUCCACAUAAUAUGUUAUGUUUGGAUGAAGACGACCCACACAAUGUAGUACCUGGGUACCAGUUUACCUACAAAGUAAGGGACACAGAACGACCAAGGUUUUGGUACGUCAGUAUAGUUGCCUGCCAUCGUAACGGUGUUCAGGAACCCAAGUGUCAGUGGGGCUACAACAAGACCCAACAUGGAACAGUUGCCUAUGACAUAUGGAUGGUCAAUGGCGACCCCAGUGCAAAACAUCUGAACCCAUUUGAACACCAGUUCUCCUUCGAGCUGCACGACGUGUUUGAAAUCCACCUGAUGGCCAUAGUGUUGUGUACUUUACUGUUUCUCUUGUGGCUGUACGCAUUCCUCAGACAGCAGCACACACUGACGAAGAUCUUCACAGCCAGCUUCCUGUUAGAGAUGGUCGGCAUCAGUUGCAGUCUCCUCGACACCACCAUCUUUGCCUUCAACGGGUGGGGUGCCGAGUGGCUAGGCAUCAUGGGCACGCUUGUCCGGGUCCUCAGUCAGUGUCUGUUCAUGCUGUUUCUCCUGCUCAUUGCCAAAGGAUGGGAGAUUACCACUGAUAAACUCAGCAGGAACACUGUCCUUUUCACUUUGUGGGGAAUCUACACUGUCUUGAAUAUUGUGCUCUUUGUCUGGAACAAAACAGAGGUAGACAUCAUAUCCAACCUGGAUGAAUGGCAGACGUACUCUGGGUAUCUGACUCUAGCAUUUACUCUGGGUAUCUGA